UACUGUUUAUCAAUUAUUAAUUAAUUGUUGUAGAAUAUUAUAAACUUAACUGUAAAUUAAGUUAAUUAUAAUAUUCGUAUAAGUCACAAUGUCGUCUUGGAAAAAAGCUGCUAAAUCUCACCAGAGAAUACACAGAGAACGUCAUCAACCAGAAUCCAGAAAAAACUUAGGUCUUUUAGAAAAAAAGAAAGACUACGUUGCUUGGGCAAAAGAUUAUCAUGAGAAACAAGAUGCUUUGAAGGUUCUGAGAAAAAGAGCUCUUAAUAAAAAUCCUGAUGAAUUUUAUUUUCAUAUGAUCAACUCCAAAAUCGAAGAUGGGGAGCACCAUGAAAAAGAAAAGGAGGAUGAUCACACUCCAGACCAAAUUAAAUUAAUGCAAACACAAGAUUUGAAGUACAUUAAUAUGAAACGCACCAUUGAGGCAAACAAAAUUAGGAGAUUACAAAGUGAAUUACACCUCAUUGAUGCUGCAAAUACAACUCAAAAUACCCAUAAAUUCUUCCUUGAUUCGAAACGAGAAAUGAAAAAUUUUGAUCUAGCUAAAAGAUUGGACACAGAUGAAAGAUUAUUAGGUCGUAGAACAAAUCGCCCAAGAAUUUCAAAAUUAGAAGAAAUGCAGUUACCCAAUGUUAAUGAAGAGACAAUGAAUAAACUAGACAAUCUUAGACAUUCUUCAUACAAGGAGUUAAGAAAACGUAUUGAUAGAGAAAAGGAAUUAUCAGUUAUACAACAGAAGAUGGAAAUAAAAAGAGCAUUAUUAUCAAAAGGGCUACAAGAACCAGAAAGAAUAGCCCCAGCAACAAAAGUAGCACCACCUGUAUAUAAAUGGAAAUUUGAAAGAAAAAGAUAAACUAUAACAGUUUCACUUACGAUUUAUAUAUUUUUUUGUUAUACAUGUAUACUUCUUAUUAAUAAACU